AUGACAAUACGGGGCAUACUUCCUUUGACUUGUCAUGCGUUGGUGUGGUCGCUGGCAGUAGCUUUCGCGCUUUGGGCAUCAGGAGUUAGUGCUGGAGCUGCACAUUAUGAUACGGCUACGCCGCACUCUCCGCCGUAUAACAAGUACAAAUAUAUACCACCGCAUUCCAGCUACAAUAGUUAUGAUCGCGGUGAAGUGGGUUCAACCCCCCCGGAUCUUGAGCCUACGGGAUCCAGUAUUUCUCCUUCCGAGCUCAUUCUUUCCGGUCUGCGCACUAUUUUAGAUGUUGUCAGGAAAAUGAACAAAAAGCGCCUGACUAGCAAAGCGCCUGAAGAUACUGUCAAUGCUACUUCUAUUCAGUUGCGACGGGCUAAAACAACGAAUGACACGCAGGAGGAUGGGCGAGGAUUCAAAGAUUAUUACGACGAGCACCACUACCACGAUCAUGACACGACCACAACUGCAAAGCCUAUGAAACAGGGCAGAUACACUGACCCCUGGGCUGGAUAUUACGACUGGCUUAUAAACGAGGGUUCCUUCAAAUUUUGGAGUGUCUUUCAGCUUUUCACCGCUGCUGUCCUUCUGUACGCAUGUUUGUCAGCUAUCUACUACGCGAAAUUCAACCCUAUCCUGCCAGACUACAGUAUGGAAUACGACGACUACUUUUUAGAGCGAUCUGUGGGAAGAAAGGCAAGAAGUUUGGAAUCUGGGGAACUCCCAUCAGGGCUUAGCUGGAUGAACGCUCAGACCUUUCAGUUCAUUUUGGACGCUAUAUCAAAACAUUACGAAGAAAACUAG